AUGGGCAGUGUAGCUGGGCGGGCUGGGAGAAACCAUCUCCCCAGGGAGCAGGGCAGUCACAGUGGAGAGGGCACGUCCAGCAAUGCCACGUCUGUGCCCCCAGCUACUUCUGGAAGGGAUGGAGCAGGGGAACUGCCUGAGAGCCCCCCAGAGUACCCAGAUUACGAUUCGGUGAUGGCUUUGCACAAGACCUGCUGCUCCAUCCUGAUGGUGGCCCCUUCAGUCAUGGCCCCAAACGAGGCCCCUGAGGUGGAGGAGAAGCAGGGAGAGUCCUCAGAUUACAAGUGUGUCCUCUGUGAGCACUUCAAGGACAAGCUCAGUCCCUGA